UCUCUCCUCCCUCUAGGGUCAGUCGAGUUGGAGAAGCGGAGAAGUGAUGGCGAUGCACACAUAAACUGACUAAACAAAGUUUUCGUAGCUCAGAAAAAGUCUUUAGAUCCACAGGAGAGGGAAAAAGCUAUAACUUUUUGGAAAGCUGGCGGACGACUGAAGUGCUCGGGAGCCUGGCUGCGGGAAACACAAACUGUGGUGCGCUCGCGACUUGUACUUGGCGACGGAAGAAUUUUUGGGAGCCGCGGUUAUUAGUUCGUGAACUGCGGAGAGAGAGUUAGAGGGAGAGAUAAAGCUAACUCGUUAGCACAGCUAUUUAGCCUGCUCGUCCAAUGUGUUUUAACCAGCCAGAGAAUGGCUACGAGGGGGUUUUGUACAAGUAGACACGCAAGUUAAUAAGUAACUUAUCUUGGGUAGUGAAAUAAUCGUGUGUAUAUUUAGCUCGAUUCAUUCGUCUAGGAUGAGCAGGUACUUUGCACCUGUAGCCUCACGGCUUGAACACUCUUUCAACUUUCAUGGUUAGGUAUGUUGUUUUACUUGUAUUGUGCUUUUGGUGACGCAUGAAUCGACAGGCUGAUAAUGUAAGUUUUACUCUAUAAUGUAAACAAAAAAGUUUGUGAAGCGAGUAAUUAGGCUAAAGCUGAUGUCCGUGCUUCAGAGACAUUUCUCAUUCCGAGAUUGUUUAGCUGGCUUACGUGGGAACAAAGCAAUGCGUCUUUUAAACUAUAUUAAGCCGGACUUAACCUGACCCACUCUCCGUUAAUGGUAUAAAGUGACCUGGCUGGGUUUGUUAGGAACUUUUUGUGGGUGUGUGCGUGUGUGUCAUUGGGGAAUACGACUAACGUUACUGGACUAGUUUACUUUGAUUUGACAUCACGGCACCCUAUGGUGCUCCUGCAGGCACCGAGACAUGGAUGUUCCCCAGGCCGUUUUCCCAAACGGUGAGGGGCGCCUGAGCCUCCAAGACCAUGUCUGGACGGAGUCCUCCAACUCGAGGGCUUGGGCUGACUCUGCCCCCGUGUGUCCCCGCUCGCUCUGGACGGCGGUGUUUGACUACGAGGCCAGCGGGGAGGACGAGCUCAGCCUGCGGCGAGGAGACGUGGUGGAGGUCCUGUCGAAGGACGCUGCCAUCUCGGGAGACGAAGGCUGGUGGACUGGAAAAAUUAAGCGUCGCGUGGGCAUCUUCCCAUCUAAUUAUGUUACUUACCAACCAGCUAUUUACAGAGCGGUCGGGGCUCGCGAGAAUGACCCGCCCGCCCCUGUUCGGAUACCUUUUACUGAACUCGUUCUACAAGAAAUCAUCGGCGUCGGAGGGUUUGGCAAAGUCUACCGGGGGGCCUGGAAGGACCAGGAGGUCGCGGUGAAGGCAGCUCGACAGGACCCCGACGAGGACAUUAAAGCUACUGCAGACAGUGUUAAGCAAGAAGCCAAACUUUUCUCGAUGCUUCAACAUCCCAACAUUAUCAAAUUGGAGGGGGUGUGUUUGGACGAGCCCAACCUGUGUCUUGUCAUGGAAUAUGCCCGAGGAGGCACUCUGAACCGCGCCUUGGCGAGCAGGAGGAUCCCCCCUCAUAUCCUCGUGAACUGGGCCGUCCAGAUCGCCAGAGGCAUGCAUUAUCUCCACGAGGAGGCCGUGGUUCCCAUUAUUCAUCGAGACCUGAAGUCCAGCAACAUUUUAUUACUUGAAAAAAUUGAGAAUGAUGACAUUGGUCGAAAAAUCCUGAAGAUCACUGACUUUGGCCUUGCUCGUGAGUGGCACAAAACGACCAAAAUGAGUGCUGCUGGCACUUAUUCCUGGAUGGCUCCUGAGGUCAUCAAGUCUUCUCUGUUUUCUAAAGGGAGCGAUGUCUGGAGUUAUGGAGUCCUCCUUUGGGAAUUACUGACUGGAGAGGUUCCUUACCGUGGCAUUGACGGCUUGGCAGUUGCCUAUGGAGUUGCUGUCAACAAAUUAACCCUUCCCAUUCCAUCGACCUGCCCCGAGCCUUUUGCCAAGCUCAUGGAGGAAUGCUGGGAGCAGGAUCCCCAUAUCCGUCCGUCUUUUGCUUCCAUUUUGGAGCAGCUGACUGCCAUAGAAGAAGCUGUGAUGGCCACCAUGCCACAGGACUCCUUCCAUUCAAUGCAGGAGGACUGGCGAGUGGAGAUCCAGGAAAUGUUUGAUGAGCUACGCACUAAAGAAAAGGAGCUUCGUUCUCGUGAGGAGGAACUGACGCGAGCAGCCCUUCAACAGAAGUCUCACGAAGAGCUGUUGAAGAGGAGAGAACAGCAGCUGGCCGAACGGGAAAUUAACGUGCUUGAGCGUGAACUCAACAUCCUCAUAUUCCAACUAAACAAGGACAAGCCCAAUGUUAAGAAACGGAAGGGCAAGUUCAAACGUAGCCGCCUCAAGCUCAAAGAUGGCAACCGCAUCAGCUUACCCUCAGAUUUUCAGCAUAAAAUCACAGUUCAGGCCUCUCCAACUAUGGACAAGAGGAGAAGCCUCAAUAGCACUAACUCCAGCCCUCCCAGCAGCCCUACACUGAUCCCUCGCCUCCGAGCCAUUCAGUUGAGCCACCCAGGUGAGACUAGCCGAAGGGGCAGUAUGUUUGUGUAUCACCAGGAUGUGGAUAUCACAAGCGAGUGUAAACCUCCUAGCGGAUUUAGGAAGAAAGUGACCCUGGACGAGAGCAACAGAACAUGGGGUCGAAGCACCAAUUUCAAACCUGAGGAGUUUGAAGAUGUUAAGAAAGGGUUCAAGAAGAAGGGCCGCACGUGGGGGCCAAGCUCUGUGCAGACGAAGGAAAGGGGAAAUUGUGCUGAAAGAGUUCGACCUCUCUCAGAUGGAAGCAGUCCCUGGUCCACUAGUCUUAUGAAAUCCCAGAAAUCUGUUCCAUUGGCUGCAUUAUUUGCAGAGCAGGGAACCAGUAAAGAUGAAGUAUGCUCUGCUGAUGGAUCUGACAACAAACCAAAGCAACUCAAGUUCCCCAACCAGGUGUAUAUCGAUCUACCUCUGUGGAAAGAUGAACAGGGGGAGAGCCAGGGGCCGGCUGGUGGAGGUGAGAGCCAGGACGAUCCAACGACAUCCACAAGUUCCACCAGCACCACACCUCAGCACACACCCACCAACAGCCUGAAGCGCAGCACCACAUGCCGCCGCACAGACUCUGUUCUCUAUGGCUGUGCCUCCAUCCUGGCAUCUGUCGCAUUGGGCUUUGACCUGCGAGAGGUCUGUAAGGGUGCUACCAAUGAAGAACCGGAGCCACGUGAGGAGAAGAAGAAACGAGAGGGGCUAUUUCAGCGGGCUACUCGCUUCCGCCGCAGCACCAGCCCCCCUGGUGGCCGUUCACGCAAGGACGAGGUUACCGCUGGGCCAAUAAACCUGCUCGCCAUGUCAUCGAUUUCUGAGUGCAACUCCACCAAGUGUCUCCUGCAGUCUGAUUGUGGGGGGUCUGUACACAACCUAAUGAACGAGACUCCAACUAGCAAUUCUAGGACACAUCAGAAUACAGGCAUUAGUGAAGUUCUCCCCUCAACCCCUGCGCAAGAUCUCGCUUCUGGAUCUAGCUCUCGGCUUCGGAGAAAGAAGUCCAGUCCUGCUGUGUGUCAGACCAUUAACGGCAGCAGUAACUGCCAGGCCAGUCCAACUGAUUCCGCUACCACUACCGCAAAAAAGAAGGCUGACAGAGAGCCUGCUCAAGAGAAGGAAGCAGUAUCUAGACCCAGACCGCUUUCUCUAAGAAGCAAAUCUCACUCCUGGGGUCUUCUAAAGAAUCGCAACAAGAGCUAUUCACUCGGGCACUACUCUGGGGAGAAGAGUGCCCAAAACUUGGACGUGGUCCUCCCCUCAGAGGUCAAAAUGGGCUGCUCUUUACUGGACAUGGACACAGAGGGUCAAAAACGAGACAGCACGGUUCCCCUCUGUCGAAUACAGAGCACACCAGGUCGGCCAUCUGUCUUCGAACUGGAGAAAGAGUUUUUAUCCUGAAAUAAGCUGCAUCUGGAACACAAUCUUACUUUCGUCUUGAAUCUGUUCCACGUGACAUUUAGUCGUUUUGUUUUUCCAAGAUUAACAUCAUGGCCUUUGACCAAUAUUUGAGCCAUUGCUGCUGGAGAUAUUCUGUAGAACCUUUAUUUAUAUGCUGUUUACUUUGAUAUGUAAUUUAAUAUGAAGUGACGUAUAUGAAGUGAAUGAUCAACAUUCCAUUGAACUUCCAGUAGAAUUGCAGUCACAUGAACAAAAUCUCAGAAUCGGUUAGAAACUGUUUGUUUCGUUUUGUUUUUUUUAGUGUUCAGACGUUUUUGUCAUUUGAUUCUGUAUCAUGUAAUGUCAUAUGAAAGGCAUAAACAGGGCCCACAGUGUUUUUAUAGUAAAAUUAUUAAUAGUUGUACAAAUCAUCGCAGAUGCGAUUGACCAAACUAACAGACUAGCUCAAACAGUGCUGUCAUUGAGCAGCUUAGAAUUCCCAUACAUAGCUCAUUAUUUUUCCUUUACUAAUACAUGAUAUUUAAAAAAAAAAAAGGUUUUCUUUUUAAUGACCUUUUGAAAUUGAUUCCUGAAGCAUGCUGUGGUCAGCAUUGCAAUAAUCAAUUUAUUUCUGCUAAUCUAUUAUUUGUUUUCUCCCCUUAAAGCUAUAUUGGAUACUCUCCCCUUUUUUUUAGCUUUAAUUCAAAUUUAUUUGAACUAAUUAUGUCUUUUAGAACUAAUUAUGGCAGUAUGGUUGAUCAAAAAUAGCAAAAAUAUAUUUAUAUAUAUAAACAUGGCAUUAUACUGGCAAAUAGUGAUGAAUGAACUAUAUUGAUGGUGUCAAUCGUUAUUGCUUUUUAUUUACAGAUCAUUCCUUUCCUUAAAAAAACUUUUAAAAAAUAUUACAUUAUACUUUAAAUCCACUAAUAAAUUCAUUGAAGCACCAGCAUGCUACUUAAACCUGUUAACAUCUGAGUUGCUUGAUUUUGAGUUUAAGCUGCAGUAGGUUUACAGAAAGGUUAGAGUUAUUAUUAAAAUAUAAUUCAGCAUUAUACUGUAUCUUAGUGAUUUAAACUUCUGCCGCAAAACCCCAGUGCUCUAGCUGCUAGACCGUUUUCUCAAUCACCCUGUGUAGAAGACUGAAUUAUUAACUUGUUCAUUGCCUACUGUGGACUUAAGUAGUUCAGUAUCUUGCUUUUCUGAUCUCUCUGUGUGACAUGUACAAAUACUGUUUUGUAUCUUCAAGAUGUGGAGACUGUGACUUGGAACAUGCACUAUUGAACAAAUUGAAACAUUUAGUGGUUAUAGCCUGUCACAUGGAAGAGUACUAAAAUCCUUAGUUUGUUGGAAAAGAUGUGUUUGAGAAACAACUUCCAUACAGUAUUGAAAAGCUUUUCCUUGUAGUGUGAACUAGAAUUAUUUACUGUAUUUACAGUAAUUAUAUUCAGAUGAAAUGUGCUGUUUGUUCAUAAAUGAUCACAGGGUUUCACAAUGAUUCCAGUUUAAAAUAUAUUCCAUUAUGUGGAAGAACAAAAUAUGUUGUGUAGCACUGGAAGUUUCGAGUCAUGUGAUGAUUGUUUUUCAAUCAUUUAUGCUGUUAUUAUAUAUAAAGACGUAAUGAUUACUACUAGUUUAGAUUAUACAACUGUUUUCUGCUUUCUUUAUACAACUGCACAUUAAGAUUUAUAAGAACAAAGGACUCAAGAGACAUUGUGGUGCCUCUUUUUUAUGUCUUACAAUGAACAUUACUUUUAUGAUGAAGUAACAAUAAUAUGAUGCCCGUUUUUGAGGAAUUCAUUUGGUGUUAUUGUCUAAGCACAAUCGUUUCUCCUCUUAUCGGAGAACUGCAGAGAUCAAACUUUUAAAGCAGUUUCAUUUGGACUGAUUCCCAAUCAUGAAGGACACAGAUGUGUAAAAGAGUUUGGAGCAACAGAAUAUUCAUUUUUCACCAAAGUUGAAGUCUUGGAUUGUAAAAUGACUUUGAGAGAUUGUUACAUGGUUCACAUGCACUGCAAAUAGUUUUACUGGGUUUGCUUUUUAGUGUCUGCACAGUCUAUGUUGUACUGAGCUCUGUUUUUAUCUAAUGUUUUACCCAUGUGACCAAUUUAAUGUUAAAAGCUGUUCAGUUCUAAAUGCGGACUGGUUAUUUGCUCCAGGAGGGCUCAAUGAAAGGGCUGAGCCCAGAAUCAUCUCAUUUAUAUCAAAUUCUACUAUUUUACUUUACACAUGAGACCAAUAAAACCUUUAUACAACAUUA